AUGAUCGUGGUUCUUCAGUUCAUGGCGUUCGUCCUGGCGCUGGUCUCCACCGUGUUCCUCAUCGUGGCCACCUGGACGGACUGCUGGAUGGUCAACGCUGACGAUGACCUGGAGGUGAGUCAGAAGUGCCGGGGGCUUUGGUGGGAGUGCGUCACCAACACGCAGGACGGCAUUCGAACAUGUGACCAGUACGACACCAUCCUCGCCGAACACCCACUAAAGAUAGUUCUGACGCGGGCACUGAUGAUCACGGCGGACAUCUUGGCCAGCUUCGCCCUCAUCAUCCUCGUCCUGGGGCUCGACAUCAUCAAACUACUACGGGAGGAGCCCCACAUCAAGCUGAGGAUCUGCUACUUUGCCGGGUUCAUCUUCGGCCUGGGAGGCAUCCCGGGGAUGACGGGCUCGGUGUGGUAUGCGGUGGACGUGUAUGUGGAGAGGGCCACUCUGGUGCUGAAGAACGUGUAUUUGGGGAUGCACUACGAGUUCGGCUGGUCCUGCUGGCUGGCCAUGGCUGGCUCCACCGGCUGCUUCCUGGCCUCCAUCGUGCUCACGUGCUGCCUGUACAUUUUCAGAGAUGCCAGAUCUUCACAGUACAACAGGUCCAUAUAUAAGUACGGCAGAACAGCAGCGGGUAAAAAAUACGCCAUGGAUUCUCGUGUGUGA